GGGAAAGAAUUCUUCCCUGUGGGGGUGGUGAGGCCCUGGGCACGGAUUGCCCAGAGAAGUUGUGGGUGCCCCAUCCCUGGAAGUGUUAGAGGCCAUGUUUGGAGCAACGUGGUCUCGUGGAAGGUGUCCCUGCCCAUGGCAGGGAGUGGAACUGGAUGGGCUUUAAGUCCCUCCCAAUCUCAACCAUUCCAUAAUUCUAUGCAAAUCUGUUGGGAAGCUUUAUCUCAGCUGUUGGCAUAUCUUCAUAUCAUUUAAUUAAACUGCUCCUCUUGGAAAACUGUUUCCAAACCUCUCUGCACUCACAAAACUUCUUGGUUUGUAUUUCGAAAACAUUUUAAAAUUUCACCUUCAGCUGCAAGUAUAAACACUCACUGACUGCUGGGAGGGGAAAAUAGUGAAAACCUCAAGGGUUUUUUAUCCCUGCCAGGAGGAAAGGGGAGAAGGAAGCUACAACGUCUACUGGAAGUUCCCUUGGAAGCUGGGGUUGAGGAAAUUUGCUCCUGCUCAUGGCACAGUUUUGACUUGCCGGAUGGAAUCAGAUUGGCAAAACUCAGGAGCCUCUGAAUGACAGACAGGCCUCUGAGUCGAGUUCAGCUUUACUUUUAUCCAGCCCCUGGUGCUGAAUUCGCCAGAUGGAGGUUUCUGGAUCUUUUGCCAGUAAAUAUAAAAUGUGCUGGUCGGGAGUGUGGCUCCACGGAGAUGGUGUGUAAGGCACACUUCCAACCUGGAAAGGAUGGAGUCAGAGGGGAUUUAGGCUGUCAGAUGCCUCUUAUAAAGAAAACCAGCAUUAAAUAAUUAGAAAAUCUGUUGUCCUCUCAAAUAGUGCAGAAAUCAAUUGUUUUUUCCAAGGCUGAGCACAGCGGAAUGAAACUCUUGUCUGCCAGGAUAAAAGAGCAGGAUGCCAGGUCUGAUCCUGUUUUGGUGCUCUUACCUGGGCUUGGAAGGAGCAUCCCAGUGCCAGCCUUCCCGGCAGCCCUUCAGAAAACAUUUCUGUUGGCCCACAGAUCACUUGAGAGGAAGACCAAGCAGGAGAUCUGCUGCAAAAUCGCGUGAAAAGCCUUUUCUUCCAUGUUUUUGCCCAUUUUGUUGCUCUCUGUGGCACAGCUGAGCAGCCUUGUCCUGGCCCUGAACAUCCAGGACUGGCACAGUGAGGUAUUCCAGGGAAACACGUGUGGUGCUCUGGUCAUCUUGCUGUCCUUCCUGGCCGCAUCCCAGUGUGAGGACUGGUGUGGUUCCACCUGGAGUGGUUCUGAUGGCCAGGAAGUUCUACCUGAAGAUGAGGAAGAACUUCCUUCCUAUGUGGGUGACCAUGCACAGGAACAGAUUAUCCAGAGGGGAUGUGGAGUCUCCCUCACUGGAAAUAUUCCAGAACUCUCUGGACACAAUCCUAUGCCAUGUGCUCUGGGAUGACCCUCCUUGAGCAGGGAAGUGGGACCAGAUGAUCCACUGUGGUCCCUUCCAACCUGACCCGUUCUGGGAUUCUGUGGAGUGCAGAUAUAUAGCUAUGCAUACAUUUUUGAUUCCAUCUCUUCUACAGAGUUGGACCCAACUAUAAAAUAUUCAAGUUGGUUCAUAAAGACACUAUGGACAAAAUUGCCUCCCUUGAGCUAAACCAGCACAACUUUACAAAUAAGUGUUAUCCCACUAUUAAAAAUCUCUUCUGGCUUGCUGAACCCAUGUGAGCAAUGAGACAGUUGACGUGGCUCCUCUUUCCAGUUGUAUGUUUCCCUGAAGGGGAAAAAAUAUCCACCUUUUUACCUCUGGAGAUGAGGUCUGAGACAAGCCUUAACCAUUGAGAAGUAGCUGAAGUUUGCUGCAGGGGAGUUAAAUUCCUGUUGCUGUCAGGAGCAUCCCAGUGGAAAUUCAGCUUGAUAAAGCUCACAAAGAGCUGGAAGUACUCAAGGACACAACUGGAAAAACAUUUGGGGAAACCAGUGGAAAGUUUCCAGCAUGGCUGGUUGCAGGAGCAAGGAAUGCAGCCUGGCCUUCCCAGCACUACCUCUGCUUGGGAUUUUCAUCCCACAUAUUGGGACAUUUGGGAAGUUCUCCUUUAAAAACAAGCCUGGCUCUCGUAGGCGUGCAAGGAGGAGGGAAUAGCAGCUUUUUUAUUUAAAAAAAAGUGCCUUAUAAUCUAUAUGCUUGAUGUUUGCUUGCAUGAGAUUAUUUUUCUCCUUUCUGAAGGGAGUAUUAAAGAAAUACUCUGUGAUUUGUUCUGCAUUCCCAUCUCCAGAGGCUACAGAGUUUGAACUCGCCCUCAGUGGGAGGGACUCAAGUUACAGGAGUCUUCUGUAAGAUAAAAGCAAACCAGUGGAAAGCAGGACAAGUGAAAACAGAAUUUAGUGAGUGAUUAAGUGGCAUAUGUGGGCACCAGGGCUGUGACCUGAACCCAGGGAGGAGGGAAAUGUGGCCCUGAACCCGAGGAUGCCCAGCAGGACAGUCAGCAACAGGUCACUGGGCGUUUGAUUCACUCCCCCCGCUGUGAACCUUUCAUUUUGGGCCAAGUGAAAGUGCUUCCUAAAUAAAGGAAGUCCUGUGAGGAGUGGCUGAGGGAGCUCGGGGGUUUCAGCCUGGAGAAAAGGAGGGGCGUGGGGAACCUUUUUGCUCUGUCCAACUCCCUUGACAGGAGAGUAGAGCAAGGUGGGGGUAGGGAACAAGUGACAGGAGGAGAGGACACAGCCUCAAACUGCACCAGGGGAGGUUCAUACUGGACAUCAGGAGAAGUUUUUUCAUGGAAGGGGUUUUUAAGCACUGGAAGGGGCUGCCCAGGGACGUGGUGGAGCCCCAUCCUUGGAGGUGUUCAAGGAAUGACUGGAUGUGGCUCUCAGUGCUCUGGUCUGAUUGACAAGGUGGGGACCAGUCACAGGUUGGAUUCUUGGAGGUCUUUUCCAACCUAAAUGUUCUGUGAUUCUCUGAAAACGUGAUGGAGCUGCUGGUUUAUAUCCUUUAAUUUUAGCAAGCUGGAAGAAGGAAAUACCCCUGAUGUUUCCUCCAUGCUCGUACCUGUUCCAUCCUGACCACAUCACAUUAGGAUGAUGGGCUGUCCUGCUCCCUGCCUGGAAUACUGAUAGGGAUUGAGCCAGGAUGGUUGUCCAGGGCUUGUUUUGUUCUUGUUGUUCCCUUUUCCAUCCAGGCUCCUCCAACGGUAGUGCAACUUGCCCAGACUUGCACUGCACAGAAGUGGGAGGGAGCUUUGUGGCCGACAGAAGGAAGGGAGUCCUUUGGGAAUAACAGACUCCACGAGGUUAAACUGUAACCCCGUGCCAGUAGCCUUUUGGUUCCUGAAUUCCCGAGGGGGAAGGGAGGAAGUGGGAGCAGGACGGGGAAUUCCUGCCAGACAGAGAGAAAUAUUGACCUCGGGGAAUGAAUUGCAAGUGGAAAAAAAAAAGGCUGUGCUUGCUCCAGAUCAGUGGGAUAAUGCUGCAAACAGCUGGAAGGGGAUGUGGAGGAGAAAAAGCACUGUUUAUCCAGAAAAUUUUAUAUUCAGAGCACCCAUUAAAUUAAGCAAAGCAGGGGAACUCCGAGAAGAAUAUGAAAGCCAGCUAAGGAAGCUGAGAGAAGAAAAACUACAAGAAGAAAAGGCGUCUGAGGAGCUGAUUCACAAGUUCAUUGUAGAUGACAUGGAUGUAGGGAAAAGAAAAACAGAGGAACAACAGAAAAAGGAUGAAUCUGUCGUGCUGAAAGUGAACCAAGAGUGUUUUCCUGAACGGCUCUCGGAUUCAGAGAAUGAAGAACCAUUCCAGGGCAAGCAAACUCAUCGGUCGGCUUUUGUUUCCAAGACCUCCUUUGCUCUCCUUUCAGGGAAUUUAACCGCCAAGCUGGAGAGGAGUCGGAGCUGCAACGACACCAUUCAGGAGAGAUCCAAGAGCAGGCAGAGAUCAGCCCCAGCCAACAAAGCAAAGGUGCUGCCCGUGACUGGCACAUCGACACCGCUGAUCGGGGUCCUGUCAUCCACGCAGAACAACCGCUGCCUCUCGGCCCCGGACCUGACGGCAGAGAAGCGCCUGGUCCUCACCGCUGUGUCGUCCCUCUCGGCCCUGCACAAGCCAGAGCGGUCCAUCAGCCCCGAGAGCAACGACAGCAUCUCUGAGGAGCUCAACCACUUCAAGCCCAUCGUCUGCUCCCCGUGUACUCCUCCGAAGAGGCUUCCCGACGGCAGAGUCCUGAGCCCUCUCAUCAUCAAAUCCACCCCGAGGAACCUGAACCGGAGCCUGCAGAAGCCAACCACCUACGAGGCCAGUCCUAGGAUACUGAAAAAAUGGGAGCAGAUAUUUCAGGAGCGUCAGAUCAAAAAGACUCUCUCUAAAGCGACCCUCACAUCCCUGGCCUCAGAGCCCGUGGAAGACGUUACGGUUCCUGACAUCACCAACUCCAGCACUUACACUAAAGAGCAGCCACAAGUGCAGGAUGACCACCUUCCACCUGACACAGUGGGAGAGCCUCACCCCAAGCUGGAUUCCUUCCCUUCCAUCAGUGAAAUGAAGCUGGGAAGAGGGAGCGACAAGAACAAGGGUUCACAGGCCUUAACAACAGAUGACAGCGCUGCCGAAGCAGAUGUGAGAUCAAAUGUAACCUCCUCGAACACACGAGUGUCUGAAGGCCCUGACCUAAAACUCGUGGACAAAUCCUGUCUUGGUCUUGGCCCGAAAAUGCUGAGCGUGGGCGUUGGCACGACGCUGCCCGACAGCAGCACGCUCGGAGUCCCCGCCAAGGCGCCGGCGAAAAAGCAGCUGAAGUACCUGAACAACAGCAAGCUGAUGAACGUGCAGAACAGCACCUGCAAUUCCGUCGGGAACAUCAUCACGGAGCAGCCGCCGCUCCUGAGGCGGGGCCGGAAGAGAUGCUGCAAAACAAAGCACUUGGAGCACAACGGCUCCGUCAAGAGACUGAGGCACACGGCAGGGGAGGUGCCUCCGGAGGUGCGGGAGAGGGAGCAGAAGCUCCAGCAGGAGGAGGAGGACAGGAGGUUGGCCCUGCACCUCCAGCGGAUUUUUGACAGCGAGAACAGGACAGUGGACAGGAGGAAAGUCCGAGUGGAUCGGUACCUGCUGCGCUCCAAGAGCACUCUGGGGGCCAAGUAGCACUGGUGGGCCAUGCUGCCUUUCUAGAGGACGAUGAGGUUUAUCAGAUUGUCUUACAGGAAAACUAUUUUUUGCCCUACUUCCACCCACCCCAUUGUUUUCUCGUUCCAGUGGUAAGGCGUUCGUAGGUCCAGUUCGGAGAGAAGCCAGAGUCCUUUCAGAUUUGACAAAAAAAAAAACAGGAGAGAACGAGGAAAGAAAAUCCCUUCUGGUCCGUUGGUGUGAAGGAGUUGUUAUCCCUGUGAAUACACUGCAAGGCCUCCACACUCACGUGGGUUCCCCAGCCUGGAGGGUUGUGAACAUGGGGUACGAGGUAAGGACCUCGUUCAUCCCUUGCCAAGGGAAAUCUGAGCUCUGCUCAUGGAAAUUAGGUUUGUUCUGUCUUACAGUCUUCUCCUCUCUGCCUGCCCGAUUUUCUCCCUCAGACUGUGGAGUCAGGCCUUACCCAUGUCAAAUGACUUGAGGGCUGCUGGGGAGGGAGCCUGUUCCGUAUUUCUCCAAGGAAAUCCCGAACAGUACUUAAAAAUGAAUGUAUCUCACUGUCUGCAACAGCAGUACAGACCAUGCGUCACUUUCUUGAUGUAAAAAACCAAAUGAAGUGGAAAAAAAAGAGACCUAAAAUAAGGGUUUUACCGAAAAGCCUUAUAGGGACUUGUAAUUCUGGGUUAGUGACAGGGCAGAGAGCUUGGGUGGAGCACUGGGCGCUGGGAUCCAGGGAGCUUUUCUCCUAGUCCCUGCCUCUUCCAAGCCAAGAGGAUUUCCUAUUCUUCCCUCUAACACUGAAGGAAGGGAAAUACCAGCUGGGUGAUUUUGUUCAGCAGACAUUCUCCCUGCUGACACAUACCCUCAGGAUCUUGCUUGGUUAAGAGCUCUCUGUCUAAGACCUGUUCUUACAUGUCCCAGAGGAGGCUCCUGAGGGAUCUGACGCAUCCCUGUGCUCUCCAGGCACCCAGUGGUUGGUUGUGGAGCUGGGAUGGGAGACCAGCCUUCCAGAGGGCUUUCCCUGCUCUGAGCUCCCUGGCUCCAGGUCCAAACCACUGAGAAAGCUCAGGUGAGCAAUGCACUAAAAAUUCCCACUUCCAGGCAUAAAGUCGGGCCUGCAGCAGAGCUGGCCUGGAGCCUGGGCUUGGUGGAGCGUGUGUUCUCUGCGCAGAUGUGGCCUCCCGCCCUUUGAAUGUUUGUAACACUCAUCCAUCCGUUAACUCUGUGGAUUAUUUCCAGUAACGGAGCUCAAACAACACUGUUCCACCUCGAUCCUUGAAAGCUGCCUUGCAGAGUAUUCACUGGGAUCCUCGGAGCCCACGGGGAUCUUUGUCCAGGGCGGAGCUGUGGCGUUCCCCACCUGCCCACCCACGUGCCAGAGAUUUUGGGGGAUGAGCACAGUGCUGGGGCAAGCUUCUCCAUGGAUGGUGUGAAGGGAGGACACCCAGUGCGCUUAAACAAACAGAUCUGAUCUAAAAGAACAUUUGUUGCCCAAUUUCCUCUGUCUAAGAACAGUUGAAUUUUCUCCCUCCAUCUUAAAACGGUUAAAAAGAAAACAGGAACUGGUUUUCUUUUUCACUGCAAGGACCCUGGCAGAUUUUUUUUUUCCCUAAUUGAACUGGAUUUUUACAAAAAAAAAAAAAAAGGCAAAAAAAAAAAGAAAUCUUAUAUUUUAAUGGAUAAAAUUUAUAUAUUUUAAAUACUAUAUUUCGAAAGAUUGACACUUUUGUUUGGAGAAAUCUUAUAGCAAUGAUUCCAUAAUAUAUAUCUGUAUCUCUGGAUCUCCUUGCCACACAAACUACUGGAUGGUUAAAGUUGUCCCCGGGACUGGUGAGACCUGGCCUGCUCUGUCUUUCCAGCACUCCAGGCCCUCUCAGAGCCUUAGGAGGUGUUGCUUGAAUCAGGCACUUUUGACCCAAACUGAAUGCUGCUCCUCUUUCCAGCUGUGAAUUAGAGGGAAAUUGAGGAAUUAGAGCCUUGGCCAGACCUGGAAGAGCAGCACAGAGAGAAGGAGCAAUGGCCUGGAUGUGUCCUUAGAGCUCAGGAGGGAAAGCCACAGCUUUAACUGAGAAUCCAUGUAGUUUCUCCCAACAUUUUGAGCUAAAGUAUGCACUUCCCAAGUGCAUUUAGAUUUAGAAUUAUUUUUCCACAGUUAAUCCCUGCAGCCCCACUCAGACUUCCCUGAAGUUUCUUUCUUUCUUGUGGCACUUCUUGUGUGGGUUCAGCCAGGCCUGGGCUGCCACACCACAAAAAACCUAGAUUUACAUGCUGAAUGUAUCUUUUCUUUCCCCUCUUCAAAGAGAUUUCACAGCCCAAUGCACCAGGCCAGUGUCUUAAAUAUCUCCUUUGGAAAAGAUUUUAUAAAUAUUUCGGGGGUUUGUGCGUUAAUUUCCUCUUUCCAAAUCCGAGCUGGGUAGGAGGCAUGCCUCAGCUGGAGUUUGUCCCCAGCCAAAAAAAGCUCCAUGGGACCCCAGCUCCCCCCAAAACAGAGAUCCCGACUCCCCAAGCAUCACGCACAGGCUGUGGCAUCCACAUUUAAGGAGACCUUUGGAUGUGGAAUCACAAUCGUGGAAGGGUUGCGGCAAUGCGAAGCAGGAUGAAUGUUCUAUUAAUUUAACACUCUCGAAGUCUGUGUAAGCUUGCACAAAAAACCACAAAAAUUGUAAAUAAUUACACUCAAAAGAGCAGGAGUUCCCAUCCUCUCCCAUAAAAAGGUCAGGAAUGGCACUACCUUUGCCAGAAAUUCAGCCAGCUGAGGAGGAAAAUACCUCUUGCAAGAUGUGCAGAGGCCUGAGAUUAAACCACGUAUUUAUUCACACCUUAGGAAAGUCCUUUCUAACCCUCAGCCUUCCCUCUGGGAUGAAGGCAUUCUCUGUGGGAGCAUCCUCCCAGAAUGUGAAGCUGGGGUUGGUUCCAUGACUUGUGUCUGCCAAAGAUGCCGCUGACUCCAGAAAGUCACUUUUUAACCCUCUGGAGCUCUUUGCCCGGGAACAGCCACACGGAAUGAAUGGUCCAUGUUUGGAGCCAGCAAGAUCAGAUAAAUGAAGGAAAAGUGCCAAAAGGGAUCAUACCAGGUGAUUGUACGAUGUUGUUCUAUAUUGUCAGUAUUUCUCUUCCAAUGCUCUUGUACCUGCAGUGCACAGCAGUCAGGAAGUGUAGCUUGAACAAGUAUUUUCUCAAUGAAAGCAAAGGGGGAGGUUGAAGCCUUAAAGACUCUCACUGAUUUUAAAAACCAAGCCUUUAGCAAUGCUCCGAGGGGAGAGACCCUCCGACAGAGCUCGUCCCGUGCAUUAGGGGAAGCAUUUCAGGAAAACCUGGACCAUUUCACCCCUGAGGGCAAAACUAACCACUGUCCAUGAUGGACAUCCAUGGAUGGGAGCUGGGUAGAAGCACAGCACGGAAACUGGGAUGAUCCACGCACCUGACACAAACUUUCCCCCUCCCCAUGUCUGGAAAACACCGCAACUCAUCCGCUCUAGCAUUAGCUCUUCACUAUGCAAACGGGAAAACCCUCAGCUGGGCACGGAUUGGGAUUUGCUGUCAAACUGUUCAAAACAAACCUAGGUGUCGCUACACUUUUUUUUUUUUUUUCCUUUUUCCAAUAAUGCUUUAUAUUGUGCUUUUCCAUUUGUGGAAAAAUUCCAAUUGUGCUUUCGCGUUCUCAGCUCGCCAGCGGAGCACUGGGCUGGUGACAGAGACUUUCCACGGUCAUUUUGGGUCUCAGCUGAACCACCUGAAUGUUUCCAAAAGGCACCGAAGGACCGCUGACUUGCAUGUGUGAAAUGUGUGAGUGGAAUGACAACACGCAGGCAAUCCCUCAUGUUGUGGCUUCUGUUUGUUUGAAACAGAGUAAAUCCUGCUUGUGAAACAACUGUCACAAACCAGAAACACGCCGACAAAAUAGCAAAUGUGUACAAAUAAUGUUGUACGUUUUAACAGCAACCAGGACUUGGAGAGACUGCAGGGCAGAGGCCGGGGUUCAAACAGAAUAAAACCAGGUUCUGACAGUGAAA